ACGUGGAAAUGGCCAAAUGCUUCACGACUUUCAUUGGAAGUCGAAUAAUGUUGAGACGAAGCUUUUUCAAACCAAUAAGUUUGUCUUCACUUAUUAGACUUUUUCUAGGAACUUUCGCAGUCCUCUACGUAAUGAAUUUCUUCUACGAUUAUCGUCUGCUAUUUCAACGCCAACAGGUUCGUUACUUGGUUACACCAGAGAAGCUGUGCCCUAUCGUUCUGUACUGGACGAAAUUCUACGACAUGAAAGACUUUGGCAUUGGAGUCGGGCGGGCUACUUUCUCCCAAUGCAAUCACAUGGAAGGAAGCAGCGGAUGUUUGACAACGACGGAUCGCAGUUUGCUGAACGAUAGCGACGCCAUUUUAUUCCACGGUCAAGAUAUCGACGUUGAUGAUUUGCCUCCACCUCAAUGGAGACGUCCUCAUCAACACUUUAUAUUUGUACUUCAAGAAUCGCCAGUGUACACGAAAUUUUACAAAUUCCAACAGCCAUUGUUUCAAAAUUAUUUCAACCGAACGAUAUCCUAUCGACGUGACUCUGACGUUCCCAUCACGUACGGUCGUUUGCAGUGCAUAGAUCCAACUCCACCCUGUUCGGAUUUUCCACGUACUGACGUCACCACUGUAGAAGACACUUUCAAUUCGUCAGCUCCAAUCAAAAUAAAUCUGGCAUCCAAAAAUCGAACAGUGGCCUGGUUCGUGUCCAAUUGCCACUCAAACAGCCAAAGGGAAUCUCUAGUUCGGAAACUGUCACGUUUUAUUACGGUGGAUAUUUAUGGAGGUUGCGGAAAAGUUCAAUGUCCCACCCGGGCUGAUUGCGACUCGAUGCUCAGUCGUUAUUAUCGUUUCUACCUCAGUUUUGAAAAUUCUCUUUGCACAGAUUAUGUGACAGAGAAAUUGUACCGACCGUUGAUGCACGACACGGUGCCGGUCGUUUACGGAGGAUCCGAUUAUUCUUUCCAUCUUCCAGUUGGAUCCUACGUGGAUGCCAGAGAUUUUGAAAGUGCCGAGAGCCUGGCCAAUCACCUGAAAAAAUUGAUGGUGGACGAUGAGCUCUACCUGAGUUAUUUCCGAUGGAGAAGGAAAUACGUUGUUAACCCGUGGGCGGGUGAUUGGUGUCGGCUGUGCAAGAUGCUGAGAGACACGAACACGAAAAGCAAAAUUUAUUCAAAUAUUUCUGCUUGGUGGACGGGGUCUGUCACGAACCCAACGUGCAUCGUACCGCCUACAUCAUUUAUCUCUUCGUAACAGAACUCGACGUCAAUGCUCGGGUGUUUUCAUCAGCCACUUGGCUAUUUGGCGUGACAAGGCGUCGACAAACUGGAUCACCGUCAACACUGUAAUCAAAUGUUAAACUGUGUCAUCCUCGCUGAAUAAUUCACCCAUUAAUGUACGCCCAAACCUGAAGCGCCCAACAAGAGGCCAAGGGUCCCGCCAAUAUCGCACAGCAACGAGAUGAUAUCGUAAGCGAAUUCCUCUUUGGUUUCUUCAUAAGUCAUGUCGAUAAAAUACACCUGCAUGAUUUGAAA